ACGUUCCUGAUGAUUUCCCCAACUCGAAUAGUUAAUUCAUCAUCAUGUACAGCAUCAUAGUCAUAUUCCACAAUAUAGUCAACCAUGCUGGGGACGCCGGCAGGGAGAAGCCCAGCGCCGCUGCUCCUCCUCCAGCUGCUCGCGCGGCCGCUCUCGCGGCAGGAGGCCGGCCCUCCGCUCCGCUCUUGCCCCUCCAGAGCUCAGGCGGGACGAGGAGGCGCCUCCAUCCGCCCGCGGCGCUCCCUGGACAGUCUCGUCAGCGCGGCCGUGAGGAAGAGGCGGCGGCUACUCGCGCUAGUUCUCCGCCGGAGCCGCGACAGCGGGAGGGCUCUCCCCCGCCCGUCCAGAUGGCGGCUUUCCCACUCUCGGUCGCACCCGCAGGGGGGUGGGACUUGCCGGUUCGUCUUGGCCGCUGGCUCCCACCCCGAGCGCCGGCCGAGCCUCGGAGCCCGCCCCUCGCCUCUCCUUCACUGCCUGCCGUUCUAGAACGCGACCCCAAAGACUAA